GUGGCAUGGCAAUCCGAAAGACAGUCAAAGGAACUGCUGUCUUAGCAAGUGGAGGCUUGGUAGCCUUUUAUGGCCUUACACAGCUGACCGAAUACAGAAAAAAACAGGUGAGCUGCUAGCGUCCAUGUUGUUGAAAUGCUUCAGUGAAACUUGAAGACUGCAUGUCAGCCAGGUCAAAUACUGUAUGUGCAGAAAUCAACUAAGCUUUGGUUACUUUUUGGUGACUUUGGUCAUGUUUGUCCUUGUAGAUCUCAAUUUCAAUUUCUUUAUGUAUUAAAAAGUUUAUGUAUAGAAACGAUUAGGUCCAGUUAUCAGCAGAUGGUUUGGGAAGGUUGAUCCCUUCCCUACUAAUAGGCUACUUUACUUAUUUUUUUGUUGUUGGUGUCAUUCUCUUUUAUUCCAUGUCAUCAUCCCAAAGUAUGAAUUGGUAAGCAUCUUUUAAGCAGUGAUAUACAAUGUCACUCAUUAUGCAUGCAUGCUGCUAAGAAGGCGGGUACCUCUGUAGCUCAGCCGGUAGAGCACGGCGCUUGUAACGCCAAGGUAGUGGGUUCGAUCCCCGGGACCACCCAUACACAAAAAUGUAUGCACGCAUGACUGUAAGUCGCUUUGGAUAAAAGCGUCUGCUAAAUGGCAUAUAUUAUUAUAUAUAUUACCUCAUAUCUCCUUACUGAUAGAGACUUUGACUGACCUCUUCUGCAGUUUUUUGUCUGUUUGUUCGCUAUGUUGUAGAUAAUCUGGUUAUAAUCUUUAGUUACUGUACUAUUACUCUACUAUAAAUACUUUUUUGUGGAUUUUAUUAGCUUUCUUUUAUUAGUUUUUAUGUCAAUAUAUUUUUGUACUUUACCAUCUUAGCUUAACACAUAUGCAUGUAGCAUGCAGAUUUAGUCAUUAAUCUAAAUUGACAAUAUUUUGAAAUAGGGUGGGGUAGUAGGGGGGUUGUUAUAAAUUAGCAUGUGAUUUAUAGUUUUUUAUUCCUUGGUAGGGUCUGAGGUUUUUUCCCACAGAAAAUGCAUGGUUUCUUUUUUCCUAAAUCCAUCAUAAAGAAUGUGAAGACGUGCAUAAUAAUGAAACACAUUUAUUAAUGUGCACUGUCCCCUGGAGUCAUAUGACAAUGAAAUGGAUGACUGGUUUGUUUGUGUGGAUGGUCUAGGCCCGACUAUCGCGCGUGGAGGCGAUUGAACAGGUGAACAUGGCCUUCCAAGACGAGCUCCCAUCCAGGCAAGCCCAGCUAACGGCCUUACGCAACACCCAGGAGUUUGAUGUUCUCGUUGUAGGGGGAGGAGCCACGGGUUCAGGUUGUGCCUUAGACGCUGUGACACGGAGUAAGUUGCCUUUUGCAGUCUUUGUCACUUGCAGUCUACCAGUUGUACCUAAUGCGUUAACUGUCCUUUCCCCUGCAUGUCUUUUGCAUGUGGAUAAUUUCUUUGCACCCCUCAGGGUUGACCAGCUUCUGUCUUGAAGCAAGUCCAGAAUUUCUAUCAUCAUGUUUUAGAAUAUCAUCAGCAGACAAUAAUCUGGGCUCAUGGUAUGACUAAUCUCUGUAAAAUAACCUCUAAGAAGCAUAGUGAAAUUGGCUGAUUGCUGUACGUAAACUAUGACCACUUCAUUGUGGAUAUCACAAACUAUUAAGGCAAAACUAUUUUGAUUAGUCACACACAUUUUUCUCUCUCAAAUUCUGAUGAAUCCCCUUUAUUCAACUGUCACAACAACUGCAGUUUGGAUCCGCAUUUUGCAAGGAUUUUGAGCGGCUGCACACUUUUGUUCCAGUCCCCCCUCACAGCAUCGGUUGUAUAUUCUCUGUCCUGAUGUUGCAUAACCUCCUAGUCAUUGUGCAGAAGCUGCAUCCAAGCCGUCUCCCUGGGGCUCAGCCUGUAAGGCGCUUCAGAAGCCAGCUCCAGAGGCUGGAACUCCAGAAUAGCUAGGAUUAUUUUCCCCAGAAGAGACCAGAGUCCAAUCACCAAAAAUUGAAAUAUGUCUCUUUUGUUCCUCUGAUGAGGGUUCCUCUUGCGAUUACCAUUUACAUCCUAAUCAAUUAUCUAUGCUGCUCCAGUAUCCCUGCACAUGUAAAUAUGGUAUUGGAACUGACUUUUUAAAUAUGUCCUGUAUAUAGUACGCUUACUUACUUAUUACUUUAUUGUGUAUUUCAUAUUUCCUAUUCUUAUUUCUCGUGUGUUUUUUUCUAGUAAUACAUUGUUAUUGAUUAUUGCAUUGUUGGGUUUUAAGUUUGCAAGAAAGUCAUUUUACUGUACUUGUGCAUGUGACAUUAAAACUUGAAACUUGGUUAGAGGUUUCUUUAAGCUGUUUUUCUCCUUUAUCGAUUUGACUGUCUAACGGUGAAAUAGCAGGGGUUUUGGAAACCCCCGCCGUAUCCCCCUUUCCUAAUCCACAUUUAUUUUCCAUUUCUUCUUUUCAAAAUUGGGAUUUACAGUGUCUAUCCACCAGGGACAGCAUACAAGCCUCUAAUGGUGGGAGUGAGGAGCAGUUUCAAUGUUCAAGAAUUUUAUGGAAGUCAGACAAUUUCUCCUCCAAUAUACUCUCCUUUUAGAUAACAAUAUAAUUACAAAAACAUUAUCAAGUAAAGUGAUUUGUACAGUCUUUUUUAUUAAAUGUUUUACUUGUUUGAUCCUUGAAUUAUUAUCCAAACAUUUUGACUAGUUUUUGUGGUUGUAAUGAAAAUGCUUGUCAGUUUUUACCCAAUGGAAUAUGUAUGCCUGCACAAUAUUUAUCCCAUCAUGCAUUAUUACAGCAGAAGGACAUGCAUAUGAAAAUAAUAUGUGAUGUAUUCUAAACAUUUGGGACAAUAAGUAGCCAAAUAUCAGCUUGCUGUUGAUCUGUUGCCUUGGUUCCCUUCCCAUUGUCAGAUCUAAAAACUGCCCUGGUGGAGCGAGACGAUUUCUCAUCUGGGACCAGCAGCCGGAGCACCAAACUCAUUCACGGAGGAGUCCGAUAUCUACAGAAAGCCAUUGUAAAAUUAGAUUACGAACAGGUAAAUGCUUCAUUUUUUCUAUGCAGCUGACACUUAUCCGGUUAAUUCCUGGUCCGUCUGGUCAUAUUGUUUUAUUUACCCUCUGGAUUCAUUUUUCAUUCAAAAAAGGUCUUGACAUGCUCGCCUUGAGUGAAUGCCUAUGAUUUUCUAAGUUAUUUCAAAGAAUUGCUACAACUGGGAAAGAGAGGAAGGAGUAGCUAGCGCCCCUGUCAUUAACAAGACGGAAAUUAGGCUAAUACAGGAAAUGUAUAUCAGAGUAAUGGGAGGAAUAAAGCAUUUGGGCCUUCUUUUGUCUGUUUAUUGUUAAGAAGAGUCACCCAGGUUCAAACUCAAAUGUCACAGUUUUCUGUUACAUUUCAGAGCACUUGAAGAAUCUCAUUAUUUUAGGCCUGUGUUUUUUUGGAAGUCUUAUUUUCCUAUCUGUAUGAACAUGCUGGGGUCUUGGAGGUGAGCUGGAGAAGGGGCCAAUUAGUGUGAUUGCAGGAAACAUAACUGCAAAGUCAGCAGCAGUGCAGCAAAGUACAGGCUACUCACCUACUCUACAAGCCAGCGAGGAAAUGGAAAGCAAAUUAAGGCAAUUCAUUCCAUAUUUGCUUUGGGCCAGCCACUGGUCCUCCAUGAUAACAAUAACAUUUACAUGUUUCUUCUAAUAAACGAUGAAUCACCAUUUUACCAUUUAAAUCCCUCACUUAAGAAGACAUGACCCAUGUAUACUAUAUAUCUGUUGUUCUAAAGAAAUACAAUGAACCUGAUCUUACUGUAUUUCAUAGGAUGCCACUAGGAUAAAUGGGUUAAAUGGCUAUUUAUUCACACUUAAUGGUUAUAUUAGCUAUACUGAUAGGAGUCAGUUUAGUUCAGUAUUUUUUCUCGCGUGACCUCAGUUCUACCGUAUUAGGCAUUGAGAGAAAAACAUAUAACCGAAAAAAAUAUAACCAGUCUUCAGAAAGGGCUAAGUGGAUACGAUUGAGCUUGUACUAUUUGUUUUUAUUGCAGUUAUGUUUUUAAUUUUUUAUUGUAUUAUUAUAAUUGUUUUAUUUCAUAAUUUUGUGAAGCACAUUGUGUUGCAUUCCAUGUCUGAAAUGUGCUGUAUAAAUAAAGCUUGAUUUGAUUUGGAUAUAAUCCAUUUUGAUCUUAUUUUCUCCUCCAGUAUAUGAUGGUGAAGGAAGCACUACAUGAGCGUUCCAACCUCCUGGAUAUCGCCCCUCAUCUGACUGCACUUUUACCCAUCAUGCUCCCCAUAUACAAGUAAGAAUAACCUCGAAUCUCCACCUCUCGGGUCGUUUCUCACUACAUAUACCACCGAAAAUAUCACAUGAAGCAGUAAACCUUUCCCUUGGUAAAGACAUGAAGUUUUGAAGAUGGAGAUAAGUUCACCUGAAUGGCAAUAAACUUUAAGAGAAUCACCCGGGGCUGAGAGGCCCAUUGUGGGUAUGGGUAAAAUGGCUGAUGGUCCACCGUACCUGCUCACAAUCUCACUAUAUCACCCCAGCUCUCUGAGCCUUGUGUGAACUUAGGGGCUUGAUUUGAUUGGUGAUGCCUGGUAUCAUGAGCGUUAAUUGCACAUGACAUUUAAGAUCCUUCUCUGGUAUUUAAAGCAUUGUACAGGUGUGUCUCAUUACUGAAGGGUGUGGGAAAACCAGAUUGGCUUCCAGUGCUCUGCCAUGCACUGCCUAAAGUCAUCAUGCCAACACAGACCCUAUAUCCUUCACACUCAGAAGUGCACAUUUUACACCUACCUUCCCAAUUCUAUUAUAAUCUAGAAACCCUCAGAAUGUAUUAUUCAUUGUAUAUUUAGCGUGAACCAAAAAUACACUUACAGAAUGACACCUAAUUGAGUCAUAGUAAAUAAUCUGAACUUGAUGACAUCAUCAAGUGGCCCUUUCUUAUGACCUUUUCUAAUGAUAUUUUUGAUUGCAGAACGUAGAAAUGCAGCGUUUUCACAUAUGUAGACACUGGUAUGGUGCUGGAGAUAUUGAAUAUGAGGCGAAAAAGUGGUGGAACUCCCCUUUAAUUGUAACUUUUCCACUGUGUGUGAAAGGUGGUGGCAGCUUCCCUACUACUGGGCAGGGAUCAAGAUGUACGACCUGGUGGCUGGAGCCCAGUGCUUGAAGAGCAGCUACAUCCUCAGCAAGACCAAGGCUCUGGAGCUCUUUCCUAUGUUGAAGAGAGACAAACUGGUCGGAGCCAUUGUCUACUAUGAUGGUAAGCCGCAAACCAUUUCACCAAAUAUAGAACCACUGGUCCAAUCAGUCCUAAGUGCAAAAAAAGACCCUGCACCUUUAAGGUCCCUUUUUUCACUAAUAAUCCUGUUUUGUAAGUGAAAUCUGUGUCACACUAACAUAUAUGAUAUAAUAAAGCACAAGGAGGUUUGGUAUAUUGGCAAUAUACAUUUACAUUUUAGUCAUUUAGCAGACGCUCUUAUCCAGAGCGACUUACAGUUAGUGAGUGCAUACAUUUAUUUUAUUUUAUAUACUGGUCCCCCGUGGGAAUCGAACCCACAACCCUGGCAUUGCAAGCGCCAUGCUCUACCAACUGAGCUACACGGGACUACAGUGAUGAAAAAAAGUAUUUGAUCCCCUGCUGAUUUUGUACGUUUGCCCACUGACAAAGACAUGAUCAGUCUAUCAUUUUAAUGGUAGGUUUAUUUGAACAGUGAGAGACAGAAUAACAACAAAAAAAUCCAGAAAAAUGCAUGUCAAAAAUGUUAUAAAUUGAUUUGCAUUUUAAUGAGGGAAAUAAGUAUUUGACCCCUCUGCAAAACAUGACUUAGUACUUGGUGGCAAAACCGUUGUUGGCAAUCACAGAGGUCAGACGUUUCUUGUAGUUGGCCACCAGGUUUGCACACAUCUCAGGAGGGAUUUUGUCCCACUCCUCUUUGCAGAUCUUCUCCAAGUCAUUAAGGUUUCGAGGCUGACUUUGGCAACUCAAACCUUCAGCUCCCUCCACAGAUUUUCUAUGGGAUUAAGGUCUGGAGACUGGCUAGGCCACUCCAGGACCUUAAUGUGCUUCUUCUUGAGACACUUCUUUGUUGCCUUGGCCGUGUGUUUUGGGUCAUUGUCAUGCUGGAAUACCCAUCCACGGCCCAUUUUCAAUGCCCUGGCUGAGGGAAGGAGGUUCUCACCCAAGAUUUGACGGUACAUGGCCCUGUCCAUCGUCCCUUUGAUGCGGUGAAGUUGUCCUGUCCCCUUAGCAGAAAAACACCCCCAAAGCAUAAUGUUUCCAUCUCCAUGUUUGAUGGUGGGGCAGCAUUCCUCCUCCUCCAGAAACGGCGAGUUGAGUUGAUGCCAAAGAGCUCCAUUUUGGUCUCAUCUGACCACAACACUUUCACCCAGUUCUCCUCUGAAUCAUUCAGAUGUUCAUUGGCAAACUUCAGACGGGCCUGUAUAUGUGCUUUCUUGAGCAGGGGGACCUUGCGGGCGCUGCAGGAUUUCAGUCCUUCAGAUCCUCCCGUGUAGUUCUGGGCUGAUUCCUCACCGUUCUCAUGAUCAUUGCAACUCCACGAGGUGAGAUCUUGCAUGGAGCCCCAGGCCGAGGGAGAUUGACAGUUCUUUUGUGUUUCUUCCAUUUGCGAAUAAUCGCACCAACUGUUGUCACCUUCUCACCAAGCUGCCUGGCAAUGGUCUUGUAGCCCAUUCCAGCCUUGUGUAGGUCUACAAUCUUGUCCCUGACAUCCUUGGAGAGCUCUUUGAUCUUGGCCAUGGUGGAGAGUUUGGAAUCUGAUUGAUUGAUUGCUUCUGUGGACAGGUGUCUUUUAUACAGGUAACAAGCUGAGAUUAGGAGCACUCCCUUUAAGAGUGUGCUCCUAAUCUCAGCUCGUUACCUGUAUAAAAGACACCUGGGAGCCAGAAAACUUUCUGAUUGAGAGGGGGUCAAAUACUUAUUUCCCUCAUUAAAAUGCAAAUCAAUUUAUAACAUUUUUGACAUGCGUUAUUCUGGAUUUUUUUGUUGUUAUUCUGUCUCUCACUGUUCAAAUAAACCUACCAUUAAAAUUAUAGACUGAUCGUUUCUUUGUCAGUGGGCAAACGUACAAAAUCAGCAGGGGAUCAAAUACUUUUUUCCCUCACUGUAUAUACUAUAUAUACCACGGCUAACGAGGAGUGCCUGUAUACAGCCUUUAGCCAUGGUAUAUUGGCCAUAUACCACAAACCCCCAAGGUGCCUUAUUGCUAUUAUAAACUGGUUACCAACGUAAUUAGAACGGUAAAAAUAAAUGUGUUGUCAAACCUGUGAAUAUACCACAGCUUUCAGCCAAUCAGCAUUCAGGGCUCAAACCACCCAGUUUAUAAUCCUGUAUAGAACGUAAAUGAUUAUUUUAUCUCCUGAAUCUUUAGUCUUUUAUGUUCCUUCAUAUAAAUAACUCCUUUUCGUACACAGCAAUGUAAUUGCUGGCUAUGUGAGUGUAAAGAAAAGAGAAACAACAUGGUUUUAAGCAGAAAAUAGCCAGUAGGCAUUCCCUUGUUGGUUCCAUCCAGUCCCAGGACCCAUCUUUCUCCAGGCUAUCCAUGCCUCGUGUUGGCAUCAGAAAAACAAAGCAUAUGUUGAUUGUUAGCCGGGGUGUACAUAGCAUGUCCUGUUUACUCAAGGUCUCCUACGUAGCCUCAAACUCCCAACUUGGUUUCUCCAGGCUAUCUGUCAGACUUCAUUUAACAUUUGAGGAUAUGUGGAUUCCCAUGUACUGCAAAAAGGCAACAUAUUUCUAAGGGAAUGUGGCUGCGAUCUGAGCAGUGAUCUGUCAACCUUACUCAUUUAGCAGAAGUAAGUGGGAGAGAGGGCGUUAUGCUGGAGCUAUAUAAUUUAGCUCUGUUUUAUAAUAUCACUUUUUUUUUCUUUUUUUUUAUGUCAAAAUAUGAUUUUAUAUAUUUAUUUAAAAAAGCACUUCUCUAAAUAUCAGAUUAUUUUGGUAAAAGACUGAAAAUUAAAAGCUGUGAAGACUUGGAUGAAAAUAUUACGUUGUAUUGUAUGUGUUAGGCUAGUUUGACAGUUAACAGUUUUUUCCUCAAGCUGCCAUUUUUUCCCUUCCAUUAUUCAAUUGGGGACAAUUAUGGCAAUGACAUUUUAAAAGCUGACCUUCCUUAUGUGGGAUUGGGUUUUGACUGCUUCAGUUAAUCUCCUCAGGAUUCCUCAAGCCAUCAUGCUCACAUAGUUUUAACAUGUAGACAUCCCUUAGCCUUAGAUCAUGAAGUCGUGACAAAUAUACAAUUUAGUCCGAAAUGACAAAAUAUUCCAACUGAAAUGGAUCCAUUUCAAAUUUGAUGGCAGUGAAUAGUAUUAUAUCCUAUGCAAUAUUACAGUAUAGAUGUAAUAAGGUGAUAUAUGACAAUUAUUAUUAUUAGACCCGUGUAGCUCAGUUGGUAGGGCAUGGCGCUUGCAACGCCAGGGUUGUGGGUUCGAUUCCCACGGGGGGGGGCAGUAUGAAAAAACCCUGUAAAGUCGCUCUGGAUAAGAGCGUCUGCUAAAUGACUAAAAUGUAAAUGUACAUUAUUACACUUCAUCAUUUUCAUAUGCAUGUUUUAGGAAAUAGAGCCUCUUUGUGUGUAUUUAUCUCUCCUCCCUUCAUUACCCUCUUCUCCUUUAGCCAGAGGAGUCAUUCGCAGAAGCGUCUGGGAUAAUAACUGUGUCCCCCGCUGUACCUGCAACAAUUUAAUUGGACAAGUCAGCCCAGCCAAGCAUCUCUCUCUCAUGACUGGGAGACUUGAAAUUCAUUGUCAUUAUUUUCCUUGUCAUUUUGCAGCAUUUUGUCCAACCAUGGAGUUCCUCUCACUCCACUGAGUUUUGUACCUCCAGGAGGUGCGGAUUAUAGUGGAGCAGGAGGUACGGGACUGUAGGGGCGGGGAGGGGGCUGGGGCUCCCACUCAACUGUCUCUCCUCUAGGGAGACAUGACACUCAGCUCCUUAUGCUCACUAUUGAUGGCCUGUGCUUUAAUUGUCCAAUUAUUUGUAUUAUGUAUUAUCAUUAUUAGCGUUAUCAGAUUAUCAGAUUAUAAUCCCAUUAUUAUAAAUAUGGCAUAGUAAUAAUCCUUCGUUACAUUAUCUGACUAAUCCUGGAAUUAAAUCACAUUUAACAUUUGUGGUAAAUGGAGCUGUAAUCGGAUUAUUUUAACAUUGUGAUGGAUGUAGCUGUAAUCUGGGCGCUGCAAAUGUGUGACUGGCAGCGGAGCCAGGCUCAUAGUGGAGAGCUGUGAAUCAUGAGGUUAGAGGGCAGCAGGGGGCUCAGCAAUCAUCCAGGAUCAGACACACUGACUGUACACCCACAGCACAGCAGACGUUAGCCGACCAUACACUCUAAUGGUCAUAUUCAGCCUACAGAGAUGAUGAAGUGGAUUAUAUUGUCCUCCUAAUACAUCAUGGCAGGGUGCAUACUCUUGUAUGUAAUUCAUUCUAAAAUGUGGCCUUUAAAUGUGUUGUUUUCUCGUGUUUUACUUUUUCUUUCCAAUUAAUUAAUUAAUUUUUCUUAGUGGUGGAAUGGCUCAGAGCAUGCGGUAGCAUUAACCAGCAGAGCCUACCAGUUACCUAGCCUCUGGUCAUUCAAACUGCAAAUAAAUCAAGGCACAAAAUAACAUUCCUGCAAAGUAGGAACAUUCUCUUCCCCUCAAGGCCAACAAUGAGGACUUGAACCUCGCCUGGCAAUAACAAAUAGAAAGAAAGUCACCCAAGACACCAACAUUAAAAGUGAUUAAUCAUCUCUGUUCUUUUCUCUACUUUAAACCAAAGGAUUUUCCAGCGAUAAAUCUUCAAAGAUGUACAUAAGAAUCCCUUCCUAAUGAAACCGGGCUUUGUUCAUUUGUCACCUUUUAGACCCUUUCAUUUAAAUUACAAAACUUAUGACCUCCUGACUCUUGAAUAUAGAUCUGGGUAUAUUCUCAAGCCAGAGAGGGAUUAAUCCAUAAAUCUUGAUACCAGAUUCCUCUCUUCAUUAAAUGAAUUCUGAGGAGGGAUCUUCUGCUUUACAAGUAGAUCAGUCACUGUCAGAAUCCCACUCCUGAUGGUGAUGUACCAGGGACAUUGCAAAUGUAUUAUUUUCAAUGCUCACUACCAUUAUCAUUUCCCCACGUUUUGUACCCAUUUUGAAAAGGAGCAGUAUUAUUGAUUGGUUUUAAGUUGAUUUUAUCCUCACUUGACCUUGUCCCCUGUGUUUCCUAACUGAGCUGCCUAUUGAUUGAAUCUGAACAAUGUGUAUGAAGUAUACACAUUAUAGUGAUCAUGUUCCAUGUAACUGAAUGAGUAUCCUCAUGUUUGCAGGCAGUGAUGGCACACUCAUGCAUGCGGUGUGUAUACAGAAAUAGGCAUGGGUUAUUAGAGAACAGGUAAGACAAUUCCUAGCCCUGCAUACUUGGUAGGUUUAACACUUUGACCAACCUUCCCUGCUGAGCCCAACCCGCUGCUCUUCUUGUGGAUGGAUGGGGGGGGGGGGGGGGGGGGGGCUCGCGUACCCCGCGCACAGACAGGCCAAAGGGCCACUGUGGCUUUAAGUGUGCUCCUUGUGUGGCCGGCGCAGCCAUCCCACUGAUGCAAAGUGACAGGGACAGAUGUGACAUAUCGGUUCUGACACACUUCCAUACCACCAGUCACAGGCUGGGGGUGACUCACAUCCUCUCCCCUGGUCCUGUCCCCCCACUGCAGGACAACACAACGAUGCUCGAAUGAACCUCGCCAUCGCCCUCACUGCUGCCAGGUAUGGGGCUGCCAUAGCCAAUUACACUGAAGUGGUGCACCUCCUGAAGUGGGUAGAUCCUCAGAUGGGCACGGAGAGGGUCUGUGGAGCACGCUGCAGGGACGUGAUCACAGGUGAAACUACAGCUACAAAGCCGCUGCUUCCUCCCUGCCCCCUAGCACUCACCAUGGGGCGUUAGCUCACAGAGCCUGCCUGUUAGGUAGCCCUGUUAAUCAGUGGUAUUUUGCACAUAGUCAUCGCAGAUCUAAUGUGGGGCUUUAAUAUUUUAUAAGCGUUUUAUGGUGUAGAGGGCUCCUUCAGAUCUGCUAGCAAUAUAAUACGGAAUUACCGUACUCCAAAUGGCCUAACUUCCCUUUUAAAUGUCAUGCAUAGGAGUGGCUUUGGAGGAAUAAAGCUGUAAGGGAAAGAAUGAGUUUCUGAAACAUACCCAAAAUUUGAGGAUCUCAACACAUGACUGCCCCCUGAUGUUUUGAAAGAUAGAAGUGUGCUUUCUUUGCGAAGAAAAAUAAGAAGAAGCCUCACUUUCUUUGGUGAGAGAGAGGCCUCACAAGGAAAGUGCUAGUAAGAAUACUUUGAAUCACUAUUCUGCUUUAAUUCAGUUAAUUGUACUCCUAUUUCUCUCUACAAUAUUAAUGUGUCAAGUGUUACAAUUAUAUGCUUGAACAUUUGUGCAAUAUGUCAUUUUUAUGUUUUUCAGUAUUGCUUUUCUCUGCUUUCGUUAUGACACGGUGUCACAAGUCAAAUUAGGAGGGUAGUCCAUCAUUCAAGUCGUUGUCAAAACAGAUCAUUUAGUAUCAUCACUACCUUUGAUAUGGGCCCCAUUGUAAAGGCUCGUCAACAUCAAGCAGCACACUAACAAACAUUGAUUGCAUCCCAAAUGGUACCCUAAUCCCUAUAUAGUGCACUACUUCUGAUCAGUGCCCUAUAGGCCCUGGUCAAAAGUAGUGCACUAAAUAGGGAAUAGGAUGGCAUUUGGGAUGCAAACAUUUCCCUGUGCGCAUUAAAAGCACACCCUCGCACACUGCCUCUUGGGCUGCACUAUGACACAAAGAGGCGAGAGGGAAAUUAGGUAUGUCUGUUUCCUAUUAAUUACAAUCCUCUGAAGUCUCCCAUGGACACACGCGAGCCACUCUAUUACGGAAGGGGUGUUGGCUGAUAAAUUAAUAAUCCCGGUUGUCACUGGGUACAGAUGAAUGGCCCCUGGUGAUUGAUGCUGUUUUCUUUCAUAGGGCAGGAAUUUGAUGUCAGAGCCAAAUGUGUUAUCAAUGCCACGGGACCUUUUACUGACGCACUGAGGAAAAUGGAUGAUCAGAAGAACCCCAACAUCUGUCAGCCCAGUGCAGGGGUGCACAUCGUCAUCCCGGGCUAUUACAGGUAACAAAUGACGCCUCCUUCCGUCUCUGUCACGUCCCCACUGCAUCAUUAGCGCCUGCCUGAUCAAUUCAUUAGCACCUUCGGCUGAGCCACAGGGACAGGGACAGCUAGGACAAAACAUAGGCACUCUUAAGAUACAAGAAGCUCUUGCAUGGAUGGUUCAGAACAGGUGCUUACUGCUGAGGGGCUGUGUUCAGGUGCAUCAUGUCCCUUUGUGUUUAUUCACACUCCCUGUUAGGUCGAAAAGGCCAUUUAGAUGAGUUAAAUCAAGCAAACAGAUGGCAUUGUAUGCCGUUUAUCUCCAGAUUAAUUUGGAUUUUUGAAGAGAGCUUUUGACCUACUCAACCAGACUUUCCUGUGAUGCUGUCCCCAUAGGAGAACCCUUUGAAGAACCCUUUUUGGUUCCAGGUAGAAGCCGUUUACACAUAGGGUUCUACAUGGAACCCAAAAGAGUUCUACCUGGAACCCAAAAGGGUUCUACCUGGAACCAAAAAGGGUUCUACCUGGAACCAAAAAGGGUUCUACCUGGAACCAAAAAGGGUUCUCCUAUGGGGACAGCCAAAGAACCCUUUUGGAACCCUUUUUUCUAAGAGUGUACUCAGUGCUGGUUUUCUUGUUGAUGCAUGUUAUUUGUGUUCGCAGGGGAAGAAAAAGCGACCCCCCCUUUCCCGACACCUCUACCCCUCCCCUGUUUCCUGUAUUAAAUUGAGUCAGUACCAUGUGCAUGUGUUUUAAACAGGACAAUAUGAGGGCUAUGCUGUCGCUGGAACUAUACGGGAGCAGCGGCAUAGCUGGAAUUGAAACCAGCAGAAUUAAUCUCCUGGAAAGACCGUUGACAGGAGCCUGAUUAUGGGGUGUCCCCCAGUCGGCCCGCUCACGACCCCCAGCAGACCAAAGGUUAAUGCAGUCUUCUUGUUUGCUCCCCCCCUCCACCUCCACCACACCCCCUCCACCACACCCCUGCACCCUACCUUCAGUCCAGACAACAUGGGGCUCCUGGACCCAGCCACCAGCGACGGACGCGUCAUCUUCUUCCUGCCCUGGGAGAAGAUGACCAUCGCCGGGACCACGGACACGCCCACGGAGAUCACACCGCACCCCAUCCCCAUGGAGGAGGACAUCAACUUCAUCCUCACGGAGGUUCGCAACUACCUCAGCCCCGACGUCGAAGGUGACUAUAACCUGCUAUGACCUGCUUAUGGUUUCUCAGAGGGAUUCACAGUGCAGGAGUAGAAGAUCUCUAUUAUAAUAAUGAAUUGACAUUUCUUUACAAACUUUUGAUAAUGGCAUAUGCGUUAUCUAUAUAAUAACUCAAUUAGCCAGUUAUAUCUUUAUAAUAACUUGAAUAUCCAGUAAUAUCAGAAGUCUGGAUCAUUUUGUAAAAAAUAUGAUAUAUGAGUGAAAUGGUUAUAUUCUAUACAUCAUAGUUUUUCAAGUCAAUCUUCCAUAGGAUUAUGGAAGGGAAGGCCAUGAUGCUAAAGGUAUAAGGUAGCAAUGUCAACACAUAUUUCCUUCACAAGCCAUGAAUCACCAGUGUACUAUACUUUUACACUUACGGCACUAUACUGACGUUAGAAUCAUACCUAAUUCAUAACAGACAUUUAUGAUAAUAAAUACACGUCCGACAAUCUCACAGUAUUUUUUUCCCUCUCUAGAUUUACAAAUAGCUGAUAGAGCAAGCAGCUGACUGAUAUAAAUGGGCUAAUGUGAUGGCAGUGUAGCACAGUGUAGGACUUCCACCAGAUAUUCAUUCAUCAGGAGGCCACAGAGUGCAGACAGAUACAAAUUCCUGCUUUAAUUAUGUAUGGGACCUGCAGUCGAGAAACAGGAGACAUCAACCAACACCACUCUGAGGAUUUCUUAUAGGAACUUUUGUGAAGCCCUAUUUGAUUUCUUCCAUAGUUAUUUUGUUUCCUUCAACUAUAAUGCAUUGCUGCCUGUUGUUUCCCUAAACACUUAGGACAAAAUAGAUUAUCUGUUUUCUACUCCCUAUACCUCCACAUGGGAGGUUUGUUAUGAAUAAGUGAAAAAUAACCAAUACCACAUUAAAUUAUAUUGUUUUCGAUUUGCGAUUUUUAUGAGACCUUCCUGGAGCUCUUAUUAUGUAUUUUGUAUAUGUUUUUCCCAUUUGGGGCCUCUGAUGGUCUUGCCGACUGACUGGUUUAUCAAAACCCAGGGAGACUAUAUUAAAUGAAGGACCGGUGGGUAUCUAAACAGAAUGCAGUGCUAUUGAUUUUGGAGAAGUGGUCUAAUUGUUUUCAGUGCACAAGGGGUUGUCGAGAUUAUUUGAUUGAUUAGCUUGAUUGUAGUCUGCAUCCACAUCCUCUACUGGCCAGCCAAUCUAAUGGCACAGUAAUCCCAAAGCACUGCAUUCUCCAUCAUUAUUUUCCAUCUAUCUAUAUCCAGCAUAAGAUUAACCCAAAAAGCUUUUGCACAUUUCCUACUCAUUAGCUGCCCAGCUUUCCUUCUACCGAGACCUGGAGACAGUGGAGAGGUGGCACCUGUACUGUACAGUAGCUCUGUCUAUAUGGAGCGUAUGGAGGAGGACGAUGUGUCAUGGUGGCUCUGCGGCUCAGGCCUCAGACCAGCGUCCGGGCGGCUCCAGGCUGCAGCCAGCGUGCUCUGUGCUCUGGACAGCCGGCCAGGCUGACAUGUGGCUUAUGUCUGGGCGAGACCCUGUCUCCCCAAGUCCUGUGGUCACAGUCGGAGCAGAAGGCCCUACAGCCUGAGAAAAAAAACACAAGUGUGAAGUGAUGGCGCGGGAGGCCAUGAGGGAGCGGACUCUUCUCCUCCGUCUCAUCUCUCCGUCCUUGCCUGUGGACGUGCUGGGGCUCCAGACGUGGAGUCUCCAGUAAUUCCGAACAGCAGAGGAAAGGAGAAGAGGAGAGGGGGAUCAUUCCAGGGGGGAUUUGUCACAUUACGCAGCGGUGACACCUCAGCAGAGACAUAGUGGCCUGGAGUGGACAGGCAGUGUCUCCUCAGUCCUUCCUCCAGUCCUUCCUGUAAGGAAGUGGUCUCCAUGGCUUCUCACAGUCACACCAACCUCUGAGUGACACCCAGCAAACAGCUCCAGAUCCCUACUGGAACCAGACCUGGGUUCAAAUACUAUUUGAAAUCAUUUCAAAUACUUUUAGCUGGGCUUGAUUGACCUUGCCUGGCACAAUGGAACCAAUAGAAUAGUCACAAAACUGCAAAUGCCGCCCAUCUGGCUCUCCAAGCAGGCUAAAGCGAUUGCUAAUAGUGUUUAAAAGAUUUAAAAUAGUGUUGAACCCAUGUCUAACUGUAACAGUACUGUACCAGUAGCACAUCACUGGCCUGCUACAGCUGAAGCACUGGGCCUGCUUUGUUCUUAUACUGCAGUACGGACUGGACUCGGGUUGUGUCCCAAAUGGCACCCUUUUCCCUAUAUAGUGCACUACUUUGGACUUGGGCCCAUUGGGCUCUGGUCAAAAGUAGUGCACUAUAUAGGGAAUAGGGUUCCAUUUGGGACGCACCCUCUCUCUGCAUGGUGGAAUGUUUCCACACGGCCUCCAUUCCCUGAUAAUGAGUCAUCCCAACAAAGGACCCAUCAGUUCAACUCAUAUUGUCUCUCAAAAUCCAAAAAUGGCACUCUUUUUCAUAUUGUAUCCUUCACAUCCCAGACAACCCACAUUUCUGCGUGGAAGAAUAUGUCCUUUGUUCACAGCCAUAUUUUUUGAGGAAGGGUAAAUGUAUAUGUUUUCAGUGUGAGUUGAAUGAUUUUUAGGUAUGAAUCAAUCUCAGCAAGACUUCUGAGGCUGUCCUAAUACAGACACCGUACUGGACUAGAAAGUUGAACUCCAUACAGCCCCACUGUAUACCCACAAAGUUGAAGUCAAUCAGACUGAGCCGGUUAACUCUUGAAUGCAGCAAGCAGGUCCCCAAUGUUGAAUACAGCCAGAGGUGGAGACAGAGCGGGUUGCGUCCCAAAUGGCACCCUAUUCCCCUGGCACCCUAUUCCCCUAUAUUGUGCACUAGUUUUGACCAGAGCCCUAUGGAACCUGGUCGAAAGUUGUGCACUAAAUAGGGAACAGGAUGCCAUUUGGGAUGCACAGAGAUGUUGUUUGUCAUGCAUAGCUCUCACUUUGCACCGCAGUACAAAUGUGCAUUGUCUCUAUCUACUCCCUUUUUACUGCCCAUGUGAGGCCUUCAGCCCCAGAGCUACUCAGCUGUCAUAAAUGUUUAAAAAAUGCCCUUUGAUAAUGAGUUUGUCAUUGUUUUAUUCAGAAAUAUCAACCAGUCCAUUAUAGUGGCAGCGAUUUUUUCAAUCGAUACACAACAGCAUAUUAAUAUUUAAUUAUUUAUAUGUCACCGCGAUAUGAAGAGAGAGCGGCUGUUGUGGUGUAGGAGUUGGAACUCAUUUAUUUUCUAGCAGUAGAGGAGUGAGGUGUUAUUUAGGCUUUAGUUGGGGCUGUGAUGUGGUGGAAUAGAGAAAGAGGCCUCUAGAUUGCAGUAGCAGCAUGCAAUGAUUCCACUAGCUGUCCAUCACUCUCAUAGCUGUGUGUCUCUCCUGCUUUGUGUAGCCUAACGUGUAUGUGUGUGCAUGUGUAGGUGUGUGUGUGGUCUCACUCUGUCUGGACUCUUUGUCCUGUGCAGUGAGGAGAGGAGAUGUCUUGGCAGCCUGGAGUGGUAUUCGUCCGCUGGUCACAAACCCCAACUCCAAGGACACUCAGUCAAUCUGCAGGAAUCAUAUUGUCCACAUCAGUGACAGCGGACUGGUCACCAUCGCUGGUUAGUCUGCACAGUCAAAUGUUUCUCUGCAUUUUAUCAAUGCUAAUCAUGCUGUACAUAUAACUUAUCUGUGUGAGAUAAUAUAGGCCUAUACUUGAAUUGCAGCACUAACAAGUCUAUUACAGGUAGUGUGGUAAUAACACCAUAUUAACACAAGUCUAUUACAGGUAGUGUGGUAAUAACACCAUAUUAACACAAGUCUAUUACAGGUAGUGUGGUAAUAACACCAUAUUAACGCAAGUCUGUUGCAGGUAGAGUGGUAAUAACCCCAUAUUAACACAAGUCUAUUACAGGUAGUGUGGUAAUAACACCAUAUAAACACAAGUCUAUUACAGAUAGUGUGGUAAUAACAUCAUAUUAACGCAAGUGUAUUACAGGUAGUGUGGUAAUAACACCAUAUUAACAGAAGUCUAUUACAGGUAGUGUGGUAAUAGCACCAAAUGUUGAAUCCUUGUCUAGGUGGGAAAUGGACAACAUAUCGCUCCAUGGCGGAGGAGACCCUGGAUGCUGCAGUCAAGGCCCAUAACCUUUCUGCUGGCCCCAGUAAGACAGUGGGCCUGAUGCUAGAGGGAGCUAAAGACUGGACUCCUACCAUGUACAUCCGCCUGGUACAGGACUAUGGCCUGGAAGUGGAGGUGGGCACAACUACUAGUAGCUAUACGGUUGCAAUAUUCUGCUAACUUUCCCAAAAAUCCCAGGUUUUCCCAAAAUCCCAGCUGGAAUUUAAAAAAAGUUACCAAUAAUUUUAGAUAGUUGUAAUGAUUUAUUGAGGUAAUGGUCUGCCAUAAUUGUAUGACAUCAAUUUGUAGCAGGAUACUAAUGAAUAGUCAGGCCCAUAAAGCUGAAUUGCAGGGCUCCUUUAGUACAUUAGUCCACACAAUCCCAGAAGCUGCUGUCAAAUGAAAAUUGUGCCAUCAGUACCCUGACAAACCAAUGACGAGCCACAUGUGUUCAUCUUGGCCAAUGAGUGAAUUGAACAUCAGUGCUUUUAGCACAGUGGAUUAGAAGUGCUAACAGUGCAGCUUGCACUCUCUCUGUCACUGAACCACUCAGACUCUUGUACUCCAGACAACACAGUCACAUCUCCAGGACAGUGCACGCCAUGUUAGACUUCAAAUGAACUGUACAAUGACCUGCAAAUGACAAGCCGAGAGAGUUGCAGCCCCCUGUGACUUAGUGUGAAUGAGAUUUAACCCUUCGUUAGCGCGGAAGAGGGAAGAAAGCAUAAUCUAUGAUCCUGAUGUUGCCGGAAUGUUUAAAAAGGUCAAUAUGCUGAUAUUUUUGACAGCGCUUGACCUUUAGUGAAAAAAGUAACCAAACCGGUUGAAUUGAAAUAACUUCUUCUUUGUUUAGUUCUGGCACAUAAUGUAUCACAGUCAAGGCAUGCUGUCUCCUCUGCAGCCAUCUCCCAAUGAGUGACUCGACUGUUAAUACAGCAUAUUGAUCUCAUAUCAAAAGGUGCUAUUUAAAUGCAAUAGAUUUCCCAGGGACCAUUGGCCCAUUCUGUUUGGAUUUGAACUGGAUUGCAAAUGUGUCUGUGUGUGGUGUCCAGGUGGCCCAACAUCUGGCCUCUUCCUACGGAGGGAGGGCCUACGAGGUCGCCAAAAUGGCCCAUGUCACCGGCAAGAGAUGGCCUAUCGUCGGCAAACGCCUCGUAUCUGAAUUCCCCUACAUUGAGAGUGAGGUUUGUAUGUACAUUAUAUCUAGGGUUGCAAAAUUCCCCACCAGGAGUUCUGGAAACCUGGGAAGUUACUGUAGUUAAAGACAUGCUCCGGUACUUUGGCGACUAAGAAAGUAUUUUUUAAACCUUCCGCUUUGGGCUAGAUGUGUCAAUGAGUAGUUCUUACAUGCAUAAUCUAUGAGCAGAAUUACUGUCUUACCUCAAUUAGCAAAUAUUUUCUUGAAGCUGUGAAGCUAUUUUCCGUACAUUUCCCCUCACGUGGGACAGCCCUCUAGCAUUCGAAUUCUAGCCAAUAAGCUUCAGCCCCUCGCAUUUGAGUGGCAGCUAGCAAGAGGCCUGCCCAGCGUUAUCCAAUGAGUUUGCAGGGCAGAGAGAGAGAGAGAGAGAGAGAGAGAGAGAGAGAUUUUUGGGGAGCACUUUUGCCUUGAGAGUGCUACUUUCAGAACUACUGGCUAAAAAGUAUACAAAAGUACCGGAGGAUCUCUUUAAUUCCUAAUCAACAGAGCUAACAGAACAGUGAAUAGGUGAAUGACCAGAGGUGCAUUAAGAACAUGUGUAGAAUAAGCAUGACAUUUUUCCAGGUCCAGUAUGCCAUUAAAGAGUAUGUGUGCACGGCCAUAUUGUUUCCAGGUCCAGUAUGCCAUCAAAGAGUAUGCGUGCACUGCCAUCGAUGUGAUCGCCAGGCGCACGCGGCUGGGCUUCCUGAACGUGCAAGCGGCCGAGGAGGCCCUCCCACGCAUUGUAGACAUCAUGGGAAAGCAGCUGAUGUGGAGUGAGCAGAGGAAGAGGGUGAGCUGCACCACUCUCUCACUGUAGGGUUGCAAAAUUCCAGUAACUUUCCCAAAAUUCUCAGGUUUUCCAGAAAUCCAGAUUGGAGGAUUUCCAGAUUUCCUGCUCAUUCCCUUCUGAUUCAAGAAAUCUUCCAACCAGGAUUUCUGGAAAACCUAGACAUUUUGGGAAAGUUACUGGAAUUUUGCAACCCUAUCUCACAGACAAAACCACUCCAUUCAAACUGACACAUCUUUCCUUAACCCAUUUGUACAGUAUACAAUCAAUAUGUAUGAAAAUUCCAAUUGACUGGCACCAUUCCCAGUAUCUCUCUCCCAUCCAGUCACUGAUUUUCCCGCUCGGAUAUUCCUGCACAUGCAUUUGAUCGACCUCACAUUAACCUGGAUACGUUUGAUCUUUAUUAAGAGCCAUAAAUUGGCUUUGGUCAUUACCAUAGGUUAAUUACUGAGAUUUGCUCUAUGCUGUUGCUACAUUCACACUGUAAUCAUAUGCAGCUAACAAAAGCCAUUCACUGCUUGCGUAUCCACUAAAUAGGUAUUGUUUUGAUAUUUCUAUUCCAGUCUAGGUUUUGUUUGUAUUGGACUAUUAAUAGAGAAAUACCUAACUAGAGCUUUGAUACUGUUUGAUUCUCAUGAAUUCAGAUGGGGCCUCACCCUUCCUCUAAUUCUACUCCUACAGUAGGACCAUUGAAUGUAAGCCCAGUUGUGGAGUGAUUAUUGUCUGCAUUCCUUAGAGCACCUUUACCAAGUCAAAUUAAAAGCAAACCGGUAUUGAAUGUGAAAGUAUUAAUUCACCACUAUGGAUAACUGACCCCUGUUUUUACUGUAAUUAUGAUUCAGGUGGUUGAGGAGGUAUUUAGAAAGCUACAAGCUACAGUAUUUGUGGUAGAUUGCAGACCUCCUGUUUGUAUGUGAGUGUCUGAGUGUCUGCUAUGUGAUGAAUGUGUGCUAACGUGUGUCAGUAGUGCUAGUGCUGCUGUGAUGAAUGUCUGGUCUUCAAAUCGGCCUUCACCUUCCUGUUAUGUGUACUUCCUGUAGGAGGAGCUAGCUGCAGCCAAGCAGUUCCUGUACUAUGAGAUGGGCUACAAGGCUCGCUCAGAGCAGCUGACAGACACCUCCGAGAUCACCCUCACUCCUGCUGAGGUGGACAGGUAAGACAGACAGGUUGGUGCAGAACUCUCUGCUCUCAACAUAAAUAUGACUUCCCGCCGGAGACCGGGGUUCAAGCGCGGAGUCGUCCCUUCCAACUAUCCCCUUUGUAUUCCCUUUGUAACUUCCAAUCUGUCUAAAUAAAGCUUUUAAAUAUAUUUUUAAAAGACAGACAGGCUGAGGAGAGGACUCCACACUACUGUCCCCUUCUCCUCCCCUCUCCUCUCCUUCCCUGUCUGUCUCAGAGGGCUGGUCUAGCACAGAGCCAACAGCCACCCACCACUUCAUUUCUUCUAUCAACAGGUAUAUGAAAAGGUUCCACAAGUUUGACAAAGAAAAUAAGGGAUUCAUCACCACCGUGGAUGUUCAGCGGGUAUUAGAGGUAACGAAUGAUGCUCAGUCUCAUGUUGCGUUUCCCUUUGUUCUCUCCUCUGGAGUGCGUGUGCGAUUAGUAGUGGGAGUUCUCCUGUGUGCCUUUGUCAGGCCUGAAGAAGGGGUGUCAGAUUUCUCUGAUUUAAUAUAACCACGGUGCUCCACAACACAGCAUUGCUCUGAUGAUCCUCUUUUAGUUCAGUAACCAUGACACUCCGUUUCAGUCACACGAUAACAGCGCUCCCUCCAACUGAUCUUGUGCAUGCGGAGCAGUUGGGCUAAUUACAGUGCAUGAGGAAAGUAUUCAGUCCCCUUGACUUUUUCCACAUUUUGUUACGUUACAGCCUCAUUCUAAAAUUGAUUAAAUAAAAAAAUGUCAUCAUCAACGAAGUGAAAACAGGUUUUUAGACAUUUUUGCUAAUUUAAUAAAAAUAAAAAAACGGAAAUAUCUUAUUUACAUAAGUAUUCAGACCCUUUGCAAUGAGACUCGAAAUUGAGCUCAGGCGCAUCCUGUUUCCAUUGAUCAUCCUUGAGAUUUUUCUACAACUUGAUUGGACUCCACCUGUGGUAAAUUCAAUUCAUUGGACAUGAUUUAGAAAGGCACACACCUGUCUAUAUAAGGUCCCACAGUUGACAGUGCAUGUCAGAGCAAAAACUAAGCCAUGAGGUUGAAGGAAUUGUCCGUAGAGCUGCGAGACAGGAUUGUGUCGAGGCACAGAUCUGGGGAAGGGUACCAAAACAUUUCUGCAACAUUGAAGGUCCUCAAGAACACAGUGGCCUCCAUCAUUCUUAAAUGGAAGAAGUUUGGAACCACCAAGACUAUUCAUAGAGCUGGGCAAUCGGGGGAGAAGAGCCUUGGUCAGGGAGGUGACCAAGAGCCCGGCUGAUGGUCACUCUGACAGAGCUCCAGAGUUCCUCUGUGGAGAUGGGAGAACCUUCCAGAAGGACAACCAUCUCUGCAGCACUCCACAAAUCAGGCCUUUAUGGUAGAGUGGCCAGACGGAAGCCACUCCUCAGUAAAAGGCACAUGACAGCCCGCUUGGAGUUUGCCAAAAGCCACCUAAAGACUCUCAGACCAUGAGAAAGAAGAUUCUCUGGUCUGAUGAAACCAAGAUUGAACUCUUUGGCCUGAAUGUCAAGCAUCACGUCUGGAGGAAACCUGGCACCAUCCCUACGGUGAAGCAUGGUGGUGGCAUCAUCAUGCUGUGGGGAUGUUUUUCAGUGGCAGGGACAGGGAGACUAAGUCAGGAUCGAGGGAAAGAUGAAUGGAGCAAAGUACAGAGAGAUCCUUGAUGAAAACCUGCUCCAGAGCGCUCAGGACCUCAGACAGGGGCGAUGGUUCACCUUCCAACAGGACAACAACCCUAAGCACACAGUCAAGACAACGCAGGAGUGGCUUCGGGACAAGUCUCUGAAUGUCCUUGAGUGGCCCAGCUAGAGCCCGGACUUAAACCCGAUCUAACAUCUCUGGAGAGACCUGAAAAUAGCUGUGCAGCGACGUUCCCCAUCCAACCUGACAGAGCCUGAGAGGAUCUGCAGAGAAGAAUGGGAGAAACUCCCCAAAUACAGGUGUGCCAAGCUUGUAGAGUCAAACCCAAGAAGACUCGUGGCUGUAAUUGCUGCCAAAGGUGCUUCAACAAAGUACUGAGUAAAGGGACCGAAUACUUAUGUGAAUGUGAUAUUUCAGUUGUUUAUUUGUAAUACAUUUGCUCAAAAAAAUUAUAACCUCUUUUUACUUUGUCAUUAUGGGGUAUUGUGUGUGUAGAUUGAUGAGGAAAUAAUCAAUAUAAUCCAUUUUUGAAAUAUGGCUGUAACGUAACAAAAUGUGGAAAAAGUCUGUAUAAGUAUUAGUUGACAUAGCAUUGUCAAAUGAUGUUUGAAGUAUAAUUCAGGCCUUUUAACAUGUAAUGAUAAGGUUAUGUUCAUAUGCUCUUAACCUGAUCACACUCUUUGGAUUCAAAAAAACUUAUCUAGAGAUCCAAUCAAAACGUUAUAAUGGUAUACUAAUAAAAUAUAAUGGUGAUAAUUGUAACAAAUUCAUUUAAUUUAGUUGAAAAUGUCAUUCAUUUAGUUAAAAAUGGCAUUUGCCAUGCAUAGUUAGUUUCCACAAGUGAAUAUUCAGAUGUUGAUUAUCAUUGAUUGCCAUUGUGGUAGUAGUAGUAGUAGUAGUAGUAGUAGCUCCUGCUGUUAGAAUGACGUGUAGUGGAAAACAUUCAAGUAGUGUUUGGAUUGAAACCCACUGGGGUAUAACUAUAGGGAGUAUAUAAUGUGCGCCCUGUCAUUAAUCCCAACCUUUUCACAUCCAUUCCAUUGAAAGAGUAUGGAUUAGCUGUACACAAAGAUUCAUCUGGCGACAGGCCUCUGCAAGAGACCACUCUCUCUCUCUACUAAUUGAGCUGUGGGUUAGCUGUGGGGGAUGUGUGGGAGUUUCUGUCAACACAAUCUAAAUUAAAUGUGUUUCAUUGCUAGGGAGCAAAUACUGGGGUGACAUAUUCAUAAGAUGCCUCAUCUCAGAAAUGAUAUGAAUAUACUGGAUACGUGUCGCUCUGGAUACUACUGUAGCUGAAGUGACUUGAUGAGACCCCAUGGGCCCUGGUCAGAAAUAGUGCACUAUACAGGGAAUAGGGUGCCAUGUGGUUCAUAGUUCUGGUGUUUGAGAUGCGGACUCAGUACCUGCACCAGUUUACUGAUGUCUGUUCUUAACUAUGUUUCCUUUGUUUCAGAGUAUCAAUGUCUAUAUAGAUGCAGACACCCUCCAUGAAAUUCUGAAUGAAGUUGACCUCAAUAAAAAUGGACAAGUGGAAUUUAAUGAAUUCUUGCAGGUACAGUAUAUUAAUUUUGUCCGAUUAUAAUCAUUUUUGUGUAAAAAAUAUUUAAAAUCCCACCUCAAUCUUUUUUUUUGUGUGUCUUACAUUUUCUUCCACUCUCUAAAAAACUAUCUUUUUAGGUUUUCUAGUGUAUGAUAGUUAAUAGUGUGAAUAGAUGUGUGUGCAUGCUUACAUGUGCAAGUGCAUGCAUGCGUGUCUGUUAGAGAGAGUGCGAAGCACAUGUGCACACGCGCACACACAUGGACGUGCUCCCUCCCUCCCUCCCUCCCUCCCUCCCUCCUCUCCUCUUGACACUGCCAGGCUUCUCCUGCUCGGUGACAAUGAUGAAUGCAGAACAUGAGACACAUUAAUGCAGGGGAUUCUGGUCAAUGUCAGCCCUUUCUUCACUGUGUCAAGUUAAACAAACAAGAUCAAGGCAAAGGGAAUGGUAAUUGUCCCUCAAGAGAUAGGAGACGUGCUGUGAAGGCCUGGUUAUGGGGAUCCGGCUCCUCUGCCAUUCCUAAACAUGGUCAGUCUUCCUCUGCCACUAGGGUUACUUACCACCACUGAUCACCCUGCUCUUAGAAACAAUGGUCAGAAUAGGAGUGCUAGUCUAGGACCAACUUCCCGCUGUCCAUGUCAUCUUAUUCAUUAUGAUUUAAAGGCUAAACUGAUCCUAGAUCAGCACUCCUACUCUUGGACGCUUAAUGAAUACAGGCCAAUGUCUGUAAUGCUCUUAGAAAAUGGGUUUGUCUCAAAUCAAAGAGGGGAAGCAUUUGCAUGUUCUCCAUAUAUUACAUUGACUUCGCUCGAUGUUUAAGGAAGAUUUUAUUUGAGGUUGAGGUGGAAUGACCUGUCUGAGCCCUUGUGUCAGAUGUGUGAACAUUUUGUUGCAUCCUAAGAGCAUAUAUAUGCACUCUGCUGAAAUCCAACUAAUUAGGAGAAAGAAUGGAAAUCUUUACGUUUAGCUGUUAUAUUAAGGAUGAACCUCAUCAAUGUCUUUUGGGUGUUAAUUUAGUUAGGAUUAUGCUGUGUGCAUGGAAUCAAAUAUUUUUUUUUUACUCUUCAGAAGGAGACAGCCUACCUAUCGACUCAGUACUCUUAGACUUGGGCCCGCAUUCAUAAAGCAUCUCAAAUGCUGAUUUAAGGAUCAGUUUCACAAAGAAUAAGAUCAAAUGGACGGGGGAACCUGAUCCUAGAUCAGCACCCCUACUCUGAGACAUUUCAUACAUACAGCCCCUAGACCAAAUUAUUUGUACGAUUUAGUGGCUCCAAAAACCUGGUUUAAUCUUCAUUAGUGUACUUUUUGAGUGGAAGAACCAUUUAUUUCCUGCUUUUCUGGGGGUGUUGGAGUGGAGUCCAGUGGCUGAAGCUGGAGCUUCUGGUUAUGGUGGUAUUAUGGGUAGGCAUGGUCUUCCUCACAUAAGGCAUGAGCUGACUUACAACCAGGAUGGCCGGUGAGCUGAACACAUGUUCUAGCAUGUCUUUCUCUCUUUCUCUGUCUUUCUCUGUCUUUCUCUGUCUUUCUCUGUCUUUCUCUCUCUCUCUCUCUCUCUCUCUCUCUCUCUCUCUCUCUCUCUCUCUCUCUCUCUCUCUCUCUCUCUCUUUCUGACUCUCUUACGUACGCAUGCAUACACACACGCGUAUAUCACAUGGGAUGGGAAUGGAGGGUUUAAGACAAUAGAAAAAGACACAAGAGAAGUAUUGGGAGCAGAUAUCCCAACACAUGAAUAGAAGAAUAUCGCUUAUAGAUGGUGGUCUAGAAGCGAUUAGGUGAUCUAGAUCUAUAAGGAUCUAUAUGUUUUUAAAUGGUCCUGCUGCUGUGUCCUGUCUUCAGCUGAUGAGUGCUGUGAAGAAGGGCCAGGUGUCGGCCAACCGUCUGGCCAUGCUGAUGAAGACGGCUGAACAGAGCCUGGACCAGACAGAGCCCCUGGAGCAGAGGGACCCCGUCGACCAGAGGGAGCCCGUGUCGGUGGACCGUAGCGGGGGAGGAGUG